GGGAGUACUAGGAACAUGGAACAGGAUAUGUUUGGUGAAACUUGAGCUUCCAAAAGUCCUUGAACUAUUAAUAGCAGAUCGCUGUUGUGAACAAGAUAUAUAAAGCACCGCUUCUUAGUCCUGAAACAAUUUCAGUUCUCCACUCACAAGACUGUUAAGUUCCACUUUUUACUGUUGUUGACUGUGCGCUUGAGUAUGGCAACUUUGAUGAAGCACUUGUAUGUCGCAUUUAUAGCCGCUAUUGCCUUCGAAAGUUGUGGAGUCUUUGGCACGCUUGACUGGGUAAAAGUUGUGGAACGCCCCAACUGCAGGCGCUUUGAUGUAACUUUGACCAUUGAAUGCGAUAAGCCCUGGUUUUUCAAUAAGCCAUCCAGCAGCCAGUUCUCCAUGUUGUGUCGCUACUGUAGAGAGGGUAUUGCGAGAUAUUGGUCCAGGGAUAUUUCCUACGGCGGCCGCACUUGGGAAGUGAAAGUCAACACAGAUUUGAAAAGUAGCGGGGACAGAAAGAUUGUGGAGGUUCAGUGGCACGAAUCAUCCAGUCGUUCCCACAACUCUGACAUCUUGGAUAUGACGGUGAAAUAUAUGAGCAAGAGAAGUGAUGCUGCUGCCCUCUUCAAGGAGACCUGCGCUCAUGAGAUCGGCCAUUCUUUCCUCAGAGAUGCCCACAGCACUUUUUACAGUUGGGGUCAUAAAGGAACCUCAAGCAUAUUCGGAGGUACAAAUGAAGACGCCCCGUACUAUCCCAGCAGAGGAGAAAUAGACCUGAUGAAGUACUACAACGGCGGUCGGCCCAGAGAUUUCUAUAACAGAGUGAUCGCCGCCGAGAGUGACGUGAAGGAUUUAGUGUUCAAAGUUAGGGACAGUUUCACCACCGAUUCUGGCAGAUGUUAAGAAAAAUCACCCGAAGGAAAGGAGGCUUUGAAGAGAAAAUAUCAUAAUAGCUAACGCUUGAAUUUAACUGUAUUCCUAUGUCUUCUAUAUUCUCUAUUGCUUUUCAACCAAAAUUUUGCUGUUAUUAUUUGAAUAUAACACUUAUG